GAAAUGGCGCCUCGAUGCUGCUCUUACUGAGGCAGUGUUUAGAGCCGGUUGGAGAGAUUCAGUAAGGGGCAGACAAAAGGAAAAAACAUGGUGAACACAAGGAAAAGCUCACGGACGAGGAGCGGUCCCUUCAUCUCCUCGAGGACUAGGUCGUCGUCGAGAAACGAGCGAAACUCUGAGGAUCAUCAGAAGGAACCCAGCAGUGAUGCGAGCAGUCCCAGCAGUCCACGGUUUGCACCGCCUUCCAAGCGGACAAGGCGGCAGACUGCCUCUGAGCCAAGCUCCAGCGAUACCUCCCCAUCUCCUCAGACUAAGGGCCAGAGGGUCAGCUGGGGUAUUCCCACCUACCGCACAAGGCUGUCGUCUCGCAUCAUGCAAAAUGGGCACGCUCAUAUGAGUCAUCGGAAUGAGGAGAGUGGAGGGGGAGAUCACUCUCAUAUGAAUGGCCAUGUGGAGCUGAAGAGGAGCUGUCGGGUGAAGAAGAGCCAAUUUGAACAUCUCAAUCAGAGCCUGCUGUUUGACCAGCUGGUCAACAGCACCGCUGAGGCUGUUCUCCAGGAGAUGGACAACAUCAGCAGCAUCAGGCAGAACCGUGAGGUGGAGCGGCUUCGCAUGUGGACCGGAGAAACUGAGGAGGAAAACAUGGACAUGUAUUCUCGGGUGAAACGCAGGAAAUCCAUGCGCAGGAGCACUUUCAACAUGCCUGCACAUCACAAAGUCAUGAGCAAAACGGAGCAGGAGGAGGAAGAGGAGGAAGGAACGGAAGAGUCUCAUGGUGAGGAGGAGGAGGAUGCAGAGGACGAUGAUGAAGAUGAUGAAGGAGAUGAAGCAGAAGAGGCGGGGGAGGAAAAUGACAGACCAUACAAUCUGAGGCAGCGUAAGACAGUGCAGCGAUAUGAAGCACCGCCUAUUGAGCCUGUGAACAGAAAACAGAGCAACCCCUCACUUUUUGACACCCACAGAUCCCCAGCAAGGAGAAGCCAUAUAAGAGUUAAGAAACAUGCCAUUCACAGCAGUGACACCACCUCAUCUUCUGAUGAAGAACGCUUUGAGCGCAGGAAAAGCAAGAGCAUGACUCGGGCCAGGAACAGGUGUUUGCCCAUGAACUUAACCGCUGAAGACCUGGCUAGUGGGGUGCUGCGCGAUCGGGUGAAAGUGGGUGCAAGCUUGGCCGAUGUGGACCCGAUGAACCUUGACACCUCAGUAAGAUUUGACAGUGUGGGUGGUCUCAGUAAUCACAUUCAGUCACUAAAGGAAAUGGUGGUAUUCCCUCUGCUUUAUCCUGAGAUCUUUGAGAAGUUCAAGAUUCAGCCUCCCAGAGGGUGUUUGUUCUACGGCCCACCAGGCACGGGAAAGACCCUGGUUGCGCGGGCUCUUGCCAAUGAGUGCAGUCAGGGUGACAGGAAAGUUUCCUUCUUCAUGAGGAAAGGAGCCGACUGCCUCAGCAAGUGGGUCGGUGAAUCAGAACGGCAGCUACGCCUGCUCUUUGACCAGGCUUACCUGAUGAGGCCAUCCAUUAUUUUUUUUGAUGAGAUUGAUGGUUUGGCUCCUGUUCGCUCCAGCAAGCAAGACCAGAUACACAGUUCUAUUGUGUCAACUUUGCUGGCCUUGAUGGACGGCUUGGACAGUCGAGGGGAGAUAGUGGUCAUUGGUGCUACAAACAGACUUGACUCUAUCGACCCGGCACUCAGGAGGCCUGGACGCUUUGACCGGGAGUUUCUGUUCAGCCUGCCCGAUAAGAAGGCCAGAAAGCACAUUUUGGAGAUCCACACACGGGACUGGAAUCCCAAAUUGUCUGAGCCAUUUGUAGAUGAACUUGCAGAAAAAUGUGUCGGCUACUGUGGUGCUGACAUCAAAGCACUUUGCACAGAGGCAGCCUUGAUGGCGUUGCGCCGCCGCUACCCUCAGAUCUAUGGCAGCAGCGUCAAACUGAAGCUGGAUGUUGCCUCCAUCGUCCUGGGGCCUGGCGACUUCAGCAAAGCAAUGAGGACAAUUGUCCCAGCCUCCCAGAGGGCUUUGGCUCCCCCAGGCCGAGCCCUGUCCCCAACCCUCAGGCCCCUGCUGGCCACUUCUUUCUCCUUGGUGCUGAAAGCUCUGCUCCGAGUCUUCCCCCAUGCUCAGUGUACUGACAGGGACAACACACAUGUGCUAGGCGGUGACAAUCAUCUGCUUGAAGAGGACCUGUACAGCGACGAUGACAAUGAGGACGGCUCUGCUUCCAUUUAUGAAGUCCAGCCUGCUGCAUCCCCAAAGAGUCAGCUCACCUCUUCUGCAGUGCACAGACCCUUCCUCCAUUUCUCCUCCUCUGCCCUCCAACAGCCCACAGCAUACCGGCCUCGUCUGCUCCUGGCAGGGGCCCUGGGCUCAGGACAGAGCUCCCACUUGGCCCCUGCCUUGCUGCACCACCUGGACAAGCUACCAGUGCACCGCCUGGACUUGCCCACUCUCUACUCCAUCAGCGCCAAGACGCCAGAGGAGUCCUGUGCUCAGGUUUUCCGUGAGGCCCGCAGAAGCGUGCCCAGUGUGGUAUACAUGCCACAUAUCUCAGAGUGGUGGGACACAGUGAGUGAUACUGUGAAGAGCACCUUCCUCACCCUGCUGCAAGAUGUGCCCUCUUUCAGCCCUGUCCUUGUCCUUGCCACAGCUGAGACUCACUACUCAAAGCUGUCAGAUGAGGUGAGAAGUAUGUUCCAGAGGACCUAUGGGGAGGUAGUUACACUGUCCCCUCCGGGAGAAGAGGAAAUACGCAACUUCUUCUCUGACCUGCUGUUAGUUCAAGCAACCAGGUCUCCACCACGCCUCAGGAAUGCAGACAGGUGUGAAGAGGUUCUACCAGUGGCAGAGGCUCCAGGCCCAAGAGUCCUUUCAGCAGAGGAACAGCGUCGCCUGGCUGAACAGGAGGAUAACACAUUACGGGAGCUCAGACUUUUUCUCAGGGAUGUGACCAAGCGCCUGGCCACUGACAAACGUUUCAACAUCUUUAGCAAGCCAGUUGACAUUGAAGAGGUGUCAGACUACCUGGAGGUGAUUAGGCAGCCCAUGGACCUAUCCACUGUCAUGACAAAGAUUGACACCCACCAGUACUUGACAGCCAAGGACUUCUUGGUCGACAUUGACCUCAUCUGCAGUAACGCUUUAGAAUACAAUCCUGACAAGGACCCUGGAGACAAAGUGAUCAGGCACAGAGCGUGCAGUUUAAAGGACACGGCUCAUGCCAUAUUUGCUGCUGAACUGGACCCUGAGUUUGAUCGCAUGUGUGAAGAGAUUAAGGAGGCGCGCAGAAAGAGGGACCUCCAGACGCCGGCUCAGCUGACAGCAGUUCCGGGUGCUGGUGCAACCAGGAAGCAUCACAGUGCGGGAGAGGAGCAGGCCAGGAGCAGCACUCAGGGCGAUGCCGCUGAGAAACAGUGCACCACUAAUCAUAUAAAGCGGAAGAUUCGCAGGCGGCCAUCUUGGGGGCGGGGCAUCAUACGGAAAAAGAAGAGCUACAAGAAAGGAACAGAGGAGGAAGAGGAGGAGCCUGAGGCAGAAGCGGCAGGGCCUAGUGAUUCAUGUUUGACACAGGAUGAGGAAUCAUCUUGUGAUAUUACAGGACCCCAGCCCAAUGGCCACCAUCCAAACGCCCCCUCCACAGAAGAAGAGAGCUCCAAUGAACCCCCUGUUGCAGCUCCCAUUAAGCCUCCAGAUGCCAGUGAAGUCAGAGAGGCGCCAACACCUAAGGUGGAGGAACCUGCAGCUAAAGAGGCAGAGUCUGAGAUCACAGGAAAACACACUGAGCCAGAUUGCCUUGGUGACAGUUCUCUGCCCAACGCAGAUGGAGAUAGCGAGGCCAGCCAGGCUGACUCUGAGCCUUUGAUUGAACUGUCGGCAUCUUCAGAUCCUGAGGUCCAGCCUAAGCACACAGAGGUUCUUCUGGUUUCACAAGUAGAGUGUGUGAAUGGAAAUGAGUCAAUGGACAGCCUUGACUUGCAGAGCCUCAAGAGGAGCAGUGAGGCAGAGACAAGGACUCCUCAGAGCAUGGCUGAGGGCUGUAACAGGGCUGAACAGGAUGAGCACAAAGACAAAAAUGAGAGCAAACCAACUCAGGAGCAGCAUCCUCAGGAUGGAAUGGCAGUAAUGGAAACUGCUGAGGAAGAUCCUAACAGAGAAGUGAGGACAUUCAACAGCAGCUCAUCAGAGCAGUUGAAGGAGUCUGCUGAAAGGACAGAGGAAGAGCCACAACCAGUCCCUCCCCACCCUCCAGUGGUAGUUGACCACCAGCGACUUCUGGCUCUACUGGAUAUGGCAGUGAAGAAGAGUGAGGGCUACAGAGUGGAGCAGCUGGAGCGAUUGUACUCCGUACUCAGCCAGUGUAUCUAUAAACAUCGCAGAGAGUACGACAAGACCCAGCUACUCGAGGAGAUGGAGGAGAGAAUCCAGCAUUUUGAUACAUUCCUGUGAAACGGAGAGAAUAUACCCAUCAGGUAGAUCCUGAACAGCCUGGGACCACAACAACAACAACGACAACAACAACAACAACAACACAAACUGAGUGAGCAUGAGUGAAGGAGCUUCAGCCUUCAACACAAAAACAACACAAAUGUUUAGAACUCCAGCACCCUCCUCGUUGCUGUGAGGGAACAAAACGAGGAUGAGGACAGAGACAUUCAAUGGUGCUAUCGUCUCAGGAACCUGGCCACAUCCAGACCCAUUCUACACAACCAAACCCCUGGAGGUGUGUCAGCAACGCACACAUACACACACGUACACAGAGACACGCGUGCACACACCGACAGUGACGGGCAACCCUGGUGCUACUCGGGUGCUAUCCUCAACUUUAUUCAUGCUGCUCUCGGGAAGAUUUCUCCUUAACUUGGACGACUAGAAAAACCAACAGAUCGGGUGAUGUCACAUCACAGCGUGGCCGCGCAUACACAACCUAAACACUUCACACGAGUAUGCAUCUAUUUCUACAAAACAGACACACUCACGCAGACCCUCACCAGCAGAAGUGUGAAUGCAGAGUGCCGCCAGGAGACGGAGGACAGGGCGUGAAUCGGUGAACGACGUCACCGAGCCCUCCCGCCCUCGAGCGGAGCGCUUCAUCAUAGGCCAGUUAUUACCGCGCUAUCAUGCGGCUCUUUUUUUUUUUUCUUUCUGCCCUCUUAGCUACUUGAUUAGUUCCAUAUCUGAGCCACAAUCACCCAGAAGAAUAGUUUACAAAGAAGUUUUUACCGUAGACACAAACUCGAUGAGGUUAGCACAGCAGGACUAGAAUCAAUUAUGUCCUCUUCAUUAUAGCGGUCACCAAGCGUGGAAAGCCGUUAGCCCCCUCAGUGCUGGUCUCAGAGUUACAUAGCCUCUGGGUCAUCUGUAAAACCUCCUCACUCGAAACAUUCGCUGACAGACCACCUCUGGCAUUCACAGUCUUAGCAGAUUGUCAUGUCCUAAAUAGUUGCGGUAGCUCGAACCCCGACUCCUCUUCACCACAUUCACAGUAUGAAUGUUUUCCUUCCCGCUCAAGCAGUGCCCUCCAGUUGAUUUAUUUUUUUCUUUUGUAUCCCAUCCCCCCCCCUGCCCGCCCGCCUGACACACUCCUGCUGAGGAACUGGAAGCAGUACAAAUUGGAAGGCGUCUGUAGUUUUUGCACUGCCUAGCGUGUGCCUUAUGUCUAACCUCAUAUGAAACUGGUAUAUUUAGCAGGAUAUUUGUUUUACUACUCGUGACAAUGAACAGACUCCAAGUUGGGGUGGGUAUUACCGCUGAGGUCACGGGGGACCUUGAGGCAGCAAAAAAAAAAAAAAAAAAACAAGGAAAGAAAUUAUCCGCCAUUA